AUUUUUCCAUAGAAAAAUUUUAACAGAAAAUUCUUUUUCUGAUUUAAAUUCAGCUUUCCCCUAAUUUCUUAAAACCAAAAAACCUUGACUCAAUUUCUUAACACUCUAAUCGCAUAUCAAUUUCCUUUAGUAGCUCAAGGGUGAAAUGUUUGGUGAUUUUCGUCUUUAGGUUAUUUUUUUUGUGCACACCAAGUGUAUGGUGAUUUUCCUGAUGAUGCUAGCCAACUACUGCAUAGAAUUGAUGAUGCCUCUAGCACUUUGAUCUUGGUUUUAGGGCCUUCACAUUCUUAACACAUUUAUUGAUUUAAGAAUAAGAUUUGAGAUGUGCAAUCCUUUCCUCAUUAGAUAUGUAAGCCUGAAUUUUUAUGAAGUGAUGAACUGUAUUGGUCUUCAUGUUUAUAUAAAGUAUUAUAGUUUUCAAACAUGGUGAAGGUUCUCUGUGCUUGAAGAGGUUUGGUUAUUGACAUGUUCUCUGUGCUUGAAGUUGCAAUAAUGGUUCCAAUCCCUUUCUUGAUGAUAAUUUGGUUUAGCUUGUUUGGCUAUUCUUGUAACUUCUAGUUUAAAGGAGGUUCCUUUUGAUGUAGACUUCUGUCAAUGGUGGUUAAGUAUUUGUCUUUAGUGGUUAAGCAUUACUUUGACUUUUUCUCUUGAUGGUUUAUCUCCAUUUCUUCUAUCGCAUAGUUUUUAAGCUUUUAUUAUUGGUUUGUUUCUUCCUUUUUGGGUGUUUAAGCAUGCAUGUUUGCUUUUGUUAAGAGGUUAAGCAUUUGAUUUGUGGCUUUUGCUUAAUGGUUAAGCCUUUUGCUUAUUGGCUUAGAUGGUUCUAGUUAUUGAUUGUACUUCUUUAUUGUACUUCUUUUAGUCGGUGUAUUUCUAGCAUUUUUCAUUGUACUUUUCUUUUGUUUGCAUAUGUACUAUUGCCCAUUCCAAAUUGGAAGUGUUGUGAAAACCUUCCAACUUGUGGGGUGCUAUUAUAGAUGUAGGACACUAGUUGGUUAUACAAGCCCGUUAUACUAUAUGUAAUCUCACUUUCACAUUCUAAUAACAUUUUUACUUCUAGUAUAAAAAUUUUCCUCCCUUUUUCCUCCUUUGGAACCAUGUUUGUACCAAGCAGGCAAAAAAUAGUUAUAGAGAAUAAUUUGAGGUGAUAUUAAUACAUUGUCAUCAAGCUCAUGGGAGACAACGAGAAUAUGAAACACUUUGCAGAUCAUGGUUACUUCAUUGAGAAGAGUAUAGAUAACGCACCAUGUAAACAUUUCUCUAUACGGGGUUAUGUGGCUAGAAUGCGUAAAAAAAACCUCAAAAUAUGUUCACCAUUUCCAGGACAUGAGUUUGAAGCACAACCAUCACUUCCUCCAUUAAUUGUGCCAAAAUUUCCUUCGUGGAGUUGUAAUAAUUGUCGAGGAGAAAAUGAACUAAAUGUCAUUGAAAACAAUGACGAGAGAGAAUGUUGCAACGGAAAUCAAGAAACUCAAAUAGAUAAUAGUAUUCCUACUAGAGAAGAAAUUGAUAUUCGCAAAUUCAUUGACUUGACUGGCCAGAGUGAUGAUGGUGAAAGUGAUUAUAUACUAUUUAAUCAUAAUGUUGAGGUUGCACAUGAUAGAAUAACAGACCAUGAAUCUGACUUGGAGAAUAAUCUUAGUAAAGUAUCAAAUGCUCUGACUUCAGAAGUGUGUCCUGGCCUCAUACAAGAAAUGCAUGGAAAUAAAAAAGGUUUUGAAGGUAAUGUAACUUCUGGCGUGGAGCUUCUUACCAACAAUCUCAGCACUGAAGUUAAGAGUUGUUCUAAGGUUACUAAUAAAGAGAAACAUAUAUAUGAAGACAGCCAAUGCUUGGAACAAUUAAGGAAAUCAUGUAAACUUACAGGGGGAGCUAACAUGGUUACUGAAAAGGAUAAUGUGCCUAAACACACAACUGAACAGUUUCUACAAGAGCCAGUCACUGGAGAUAAUAAUGAUCACGCAGGGGAUAUGGACAAUAAUGUUGAAAAUGUUGUUCAGAAUCAUCAUCCAAAGAAGUAUACUCAUAAGUAUUCUAAAAGACCUAAAGUGAUGUGCUCGCUAGAGGAAACAUUCAAAAAAGAUAAUGAACCAAAUUAUCAGCUUAUAAGGCCAAGCGGAGAAACCAAUACAUUUGGAGAGCGAAGAUUUCCUUCAAAAAGUGCUAUUUCUGGAAAAGGAGCUCUUAUGGAAGCAAGAAAAUGAUGAUCAGGCCAAUAGUGCCAAAAAUAUGAAACAAGAUAACGUUGAAAGUAACAAUGUUUUGACAGUAGGCAAUGAUGUGCCUAAUCGGGUCUCAUUAGUAGAGAAUGAAGUUGCAGAGACACUGUUGAGAAUGUCUCUAGAUAACAUGGAAAAUGAAAUUGCAAAGACACUUAAUAUGAAAUCCAAGGAAAGGGAUUUUGAUCUGAACAUCCCAAGUUUUGAUGAUACUAUUGACCAAGAGAUGCUGAAUAGGGACAUUGAUCUUGGAACCUCCAGCAAGACAAAUGAGGAUUUGAUUUGCGGCGGAGAUAAUGCGGUAGAACUUCAUUCAAAUCAAAUAAUAUGUAUUGAUUUGAAUUCUACUGUCACAAGAGGCAAUGAUCCAAUUCACAAGAGAAUCCUUAAUCCAGGUGAAUGUUCAAACACUGACAUGGAAAUUGAUUCAUACAGAAAAAACUUUUAUCCUAGUGAACGCAAUACUAAGUUGUUAGAAGGUGAAUCGUUUGACAAAUCACAUGGUCCUGCAAUCUUUGGAAGGUUUUGUGGGAUGAACAGAAAUUUAGCUGAAUUCACUACAAUAGAACCAGGAAACCCCUACAUGAUGGAUAAAGAAAAAGUAAAAAAGAGCGUUCGCAAGGAAAGACUUGGCUCUUCUUCUAGGCGGAAUAGGAAGUCGAAGAAGCGUGGAAUUGUAACCCUUCCUUAUUCUGGUUGCUUUCUGCAUGUUUGGGUAUGUGCUUGAAGAAUUGAUUAUAAAUCAAUGUAAUUUUUUAGAAUUGAGUUGAAGCAAAUGUGAGCCUGUAGUAACGUGAAUUUUUUUUUAUAGCAGAUAUGAGAAAAUUAAUUUUGUUCACAAUAUUGUUUGAAAACUUACAGGCAAU